UCUCGUCUCCCCCUGUUUUCCCCAAAACAGCAUUCCUUACCCAACCCUAGAAACCCGGUCCUGCUCCUGCUCCUGCCUGCCAUGGCGGCGGCGGCGGAUUGGACAAACCUCCACCAGGACCUCCUCGCCCGCAUCUUUGUCUUGCUCUCAUGCAUCACCGACCGCGUGAGGUUCUCCGCCAUGUGCAAACACUGGCGCAGCGUCGCGCUGCAGAGCCCGUCCCCGCUUCCCUGGCUCCUCAUGCCCUCCACCGCCGUCACCUCCUGCUACCGGAUCUUGGGCGGCUUCAGCGAUCCGCGUCCAUCCCUCGCCGACUACCCCCGCGGAGCACGCUUCUGCGGCUCCUUCCCAGGUGGCUGGUUCGUGGUCGCGCUGGAGCAUAUUCGCGGCCACGCCCUGCUCAACCUCCGGUCGGGCGAGCGCAUCCAGCUCCCGGACCGCGUCCUACUUCGAGAACAAGGCUUCACCAAGAAGUGCCCAGUCUUCCUCCGCGUGGCCACCAUGUCCGCCGCGCCGCCUGGCGGCGCCUGCGUGGUGGCCGCCCUGACGACCGGCGCCACCAAUAUCGCGUUCUGGCGCCCGGGGAUGGACUGCUGGUCGACGACGGCGACGCGGCUUUCGGGUAAAGCCGAGGACCUGACGUUCCACGACGGGCGGUUCUGCGCCGUCAACCCCAGCGGGGAGUUAUUCAGGUACAAGGUGGAGAAUGACCUUGACGAGGACGGCGCGAUCAAGGUGCAAGGCCAAGAGCUGAAUCUGUUGGAGUCGCCGGAGGCCCCAUCGGUGCCCGGGGAGAUCGUCUCCCGCUACCUCCUGCCGUCUGCCUCCGGCGCGGAUCUGCUGCUGGUGAAGAGGUAUGUCCACCCGAAGAUAGGUACGUGGCGGUUCCAGAUCUUCACGCUGAUACAGAAAAGGAGCGGGCUGGCUUGCCGGCGCUUUUACCGGAUGUGGGGGCAUGUGCUGUUCGUCGGGCGAGGAUGCUCCAAGGCCUUCGACACCGGAAACAACCAACCGGGCUAUAUCUACUUCCUCGACGACGUCUACUAUGGUGGUCCCAUGAGUGUUCUCCAGCAGGACCACUACCACUCCACUGACACCGGCUCCUUCUGCCCCCUUCCCAAAUCUUCCGACCGCCAUAUCAGCCGCUGCCUGCCGCAAGGGCCAACCUCCGACUCCUCGCCAUGGAUCUGGUAUCUCCAGUGAGCCUCCAGGUUCGAUUCCAGACAUGAAUAAUAAUGGUAUAA